AUGAACGACGCACCAUACAACUUACCUGAUGAUGUCCUGAUCUACGUUAUCGCGUUUCUUCCCGUUCCUGACAUCAUCCUCCUCCGACAAAGUCCGAGGACUAGUAUAGGCCGUGUGGCGUUGGAUGGAGGAUCGUGCUCCUGCAUCUGGACGACAGAUGGAGGCUGCACGAAAAUUCGCUCCUUCGACAUCGACUUCAGGCCUGUCACCCUGACUGGUGAUAUCGUAGCCCUCAGUGACAACUUCUCCAAGACAUUGAUCUACAACUGGAAGAAUAACGAACAGGCCUACCUGGAUGAAGGAGGUGACAUGCAGUAUGACCACUGUAUCCAAAUCGUCUUCACCUCUCCAAACAUUCUCGUCAUCGUGCACGCUCCAUCAACCUGUACUUUACAUACCCUUCCUACAUGGGCAAACACACUCUCCCAUUGCCUCCCACUCCUUCGGCUGGGUCGAUGGCACCAGUGCAACACCAACCUCCAUCCUCAUCCGUUCGAGAGCGAUAACCCCUGGACAUCAGAGCUUAACUCCAAAAUAUCCUCCUGGCACGGUGCUCUUCGAUGCACAGACGUCAUCCUCGGGAAACGUGGAACCGCAGUAUGGAUACGCCCCCAUGAUCGUGCGAUGGUCUCCCACUGGGAAGAACACGAUGGCUGUGAGACGCUCAUGGCGGCCAUAUUCCCAAGCCCCGCUUAA